AUGCACCCCUCCGGGCUGGGCGCGCCGCUCCCGGCCGCGCCUCUGCUGCUCCUGCUCCUGCUCCGGCCGGCCGCCGGCGGGGGCUCCCCGAAACCCGGCGCGCUGGUGCGGGGCUGCCCCGAGCACUGUCAGUGCGAGCCCGACGGCAGGAUGCUGCUCCGCGUGGAUUGCUCCGACCUGGGGCUCUCCCAGCUGCCCGCCAACCUCAGCGUCUUCACCUCCUAUUUAGAUCUCAGUAUGAACAACAUCAGUCAGCUGUCCCCGGAGCCCCUCCACAGUCUUCGCUUCCUAGAGGAGCUACGUCUUGCCGGAAACGCUUUGACAUACAUUCCCAAGGGAGCAUUUGCUGGCCUUUACAGUCUUAAAGUUCUUAUGCUGCAGAAUAAUCAUCUCAGACAGGUACCCACAGAAGCAUUACAGAAUUUACGAAGCCUUCAAUCCCUCCGUCUGGAUGCCAACCACAUCAGCUAUGUUCCUCCGAGUUGUUUCAGUGGCCUUCAUUCCCUGAGGCACCUGUGGCUAGAUGACAAUGCUUUAACGGAAAUCCCUGUCCAGGCCUUCAGAAGUUUGUCGGCCCUGCAGGCCAUGACCUUGGCCCUGAACAAAAUACACCGCAUACCAGACUAUGCCUUUGGAAACCUCUCCAGCUUAGUAGUUCUGCAUCUCCAUAACAAUAGAAUCCACUCACUGGGAAAGAAAUGCUUUGAUGGGCUCCAUAGUCUGGAGACUUUAGACUUAAAUUACAAUAACCUUGAUGAAUUCCCCACUGCAAUCAGGACACUGUCCAACCUUAAAGAACUAGGUUUUCAUAGCAACAAUAUCAAGUCCAUACCAGAGAAGGCAUUUGUCGGCAACCCAUCUCUUAUUACCAUACAUUUCUAUGAUAACCCCAUUCAGCUUGUUGGAAGAGCUGCUUUUCAACAUUUACCUGAGCUAAGAACACUGACUUUGAAUGGUGCCUCACAAAUAACCGAAUUUCCUGAUUUAACUGGAACUGGGAGCCUUGAGAGUCUGACUUUAACUGGAGCCCAGAUCUCCUCCCUUCCUCAAACCGUCUGCAACCAGUUACCUAAUCUGCAAGUGCUAGAUCUAUCUUACAACCUGCUAGAAGAUUUACCUAGUUUUUCUGUCUGCCAAAAGCUCCAGAAAAUAGACCUCCGACAUAAUGAAAUCUCUGAAAUUAAAGCAGACACUUUCCACCAGUUGCUUGGCCUUCGAUCACUAAAUUUAGCUUGGAACAAAAUUGCCAGUAUUCACCCUGAUGCGUUUUCUACUUUGCCAUCUUUGAGAAAGCUGGACCUAUCGGCCAACCGCCUGUCGUCCUUUCCUGUAACUGGGUUACAUGGUUUAACUCACUUAAAAUUAACAGGAAAUCAUGCCUUACAGAGCUUGAUAUCAUCUGAAAACUUUCCAGAACUCAAGGUUAUCGAAAUGCCUUAUGCUUACCAGUGCUGUGCAUUUGGAGUAUGCGAGAACAUCUAUAAAAUUUCUAAUCAAUGGAAUAAAGACAACAACAGUAGUACAGAUGACCUUUCUAAGAAAGAUGUUGCAAUGUUUCAAGUUCCAGAUGAACGUGACCUUGAGGAUUUCCUGCUUGACUUUGAGGAAGACCUGAAAGCACUUCACUCAGUACAGUGCUCACCCUCCCCAGGCCCCUUCAAACUCUGCGAAUACCUGUUUGGCAGCUGGCUGAUCCGAAUCGGCGUGUGGACCAUCGCCGUCUUAGCCCUCACCUGCAAUGCUCUGGUGGCUUGGCUGGUCUUCAGAGCCCCCCUGGACACCCCCUCCAUCAAAGUGCUCAUCGGCUUAAUAGCGGCAGUGAACAUGCUCAUGGGGGUGUCCAGCGCCGUGCUGGCCGGCGUGGACGCCUUCACCUUCGGCAGCUUUGCCAGGCACGGUGCCAGGUGGGAGCAAGGGGUGGGUUGCCAAGUGGUUGGGUUCUUGUCCAUGUUCGCUUCGGAAUCUUCAGUGUUCCUGCUCACCCUGGCAGCCCUGGAGCGGGGCUUGUCUGUGAAAAGCUCCAAAACCACCAAACUCGACCCCAAAACUCCACUGGCAGGCCUGAGGGCGGUCAUUGUGCUGUGUGUGCUGCUGGCCCUGGCCAUCGCCUUGGUGCCCUUGCUGGGAGGCAGUGAGUACAGUGCCUCCCCCCUCUGUCUGCCUCUGCCCUUUGGGGAGCCGAGCACCACGGGCUACAUGGUUGCUCUGGUCUUGCUCAACUCCCUUUGCUUCCUGGUGAUGACCAUUGCCUACACCAGGCUCUAUUGCCACCUGGAAAAGGGAGACCUGGAGAAUAUCUGGGAUUGUGCCAUGGUGAAGCAUAUUGCCCUGCUGAUCUUCACCAACUGCAUCCUCUACUGCCCUGUGGCUUUCCUGUCCUUCUCCUCUUUGCUAAACCUCACGUUCAUCAGUCCUGAAGUCAUUAAGUUCAUCCUUCUGGUCAUUGUCCCGCUGCCUGCCUGCCUCAAUCCUCUUCUCUACAUCCUCUUCAAUCCCCAUUUUAAGGAAGAUCUGGGGAGCUGGGGAAAACAAAGCAACUUCUGGACCAGGUCAAAACAUUUGAGCCUGAUGUCUAUUAAUUCGGAUGAUGUUGAGAAACAAUCCUGUGACUCUACCCAAGCUUUGGUGACCUUCACCAGUACCAGCAUUGCCUACGACCUGCCUUCCAAUAGCCGGGCCCCUCCAGCUUACCCAAUGACUGAAAGUUGCCAUCUUUCCUCUGUGGCCUUUGUCCCAUGUCUCUAAGGAAUAUAUAAAUGCUUUUAAAAGUUGAAAACCAGAAACUAAGAGUGAAUACAGC